GCGGGUGGGGGGGCUCAGUGAGCCGAGACGUGGACUGCAACACAUGCUGACUCUACAGGGUCUGCACCGCAAGUACACGCAGCGUGCGGGAAGAGCGAGUAGAAAUGGACUCCAAUGUGACGGAGGCGGAGACGGUGUGGAAGAUGGCGCCAACGUGGACCACCGUGGUUCUCCUGGUUCCCUGCGUGGUGGUCCUCACAGCCGGGAUGUUCUACCUGUACACGCUGGUGCUGGCUCUGCUGUCCAAAAGCUCCGUGCGCAACAAGGUGGUGCUCGUGAGCGACGCUUUGUCUGGACUUGGCAAAGAAUGUUCCAGUGUCUUCCACAAAGAGGGCGCCAGGUUGAUCCUGUGCGGGAAAAGCUGGGAGAAACUUCAGAAGCUGUCAGGCGACUUGGUGGACGCCUCCGACCCCAGCGUGACCUUCCCUCCUAAGCUGGUGCUGCUGGAUUUUGCGGACAUGGAGAACCUCCCCGAGGCCACGGCGGAGAUCUUGGAGUGUUACGGCUGCUUAGACGCCCUCAUCCUCAACAGCAGCAUGAAGGUCAAAGCUCCUGCACACACGUUGUCUCUGGAGAUGGACAAGCUGCUGAUGGACAACAACUACUUUGGACCCGUCACGCUGGUGAAAGGCGUGCUGCCCUCCAUGAUGUCCCGGAGGUCCGGCCACCUGCUGGUGGUCAACAGCAUUCAGGGAAAGCUGGCCGUGCCCUUUCGCACCUCCUAUGCUGCUUCCAAGCAUGCCGUCCAAGCCUUCUUUGACUGCCUGCGUGCCGAGGUGGAGGACUUUGGCAUCUCCGUGAGCACCAUAAAUGUCACCUUCAUCAGUGGACUCUCAUCUGGGCAGCAGACGGCCUCGGCCAAGUCCUUCUGGUCAUUUUUGUUCACCAAGAAGCCGCUGGGCGUUUGUCCACGCGAGGCGGCCAGCGAGGUGGCCAAGAUUUUGAGCACCAAGACGAAAGAGGUGCUGAUUGCACCCUCGCUCCCCAAGGUUGCCAUCUACACCAGGUCCUUCUUCCCCAGCGUCUUCUUUGCCGUAAUGUCAGCAGGCGUGAAGGACACAGCCGCCAAAAUGUAGAACUGCUUUGUUUGGAAAGCGAUGAUGGAGAUAGUGUUGCUCACUUCCACACGUCUACCUGUCUGAGGCUGACGGGUUUUGUUUGUGGUUUUGUUUAUCAUUGCGGCUCUA